AUGCUGCUACGGGGAGAACGAAACAACAGCUAUAUAUCGAAACUCUACCUAUCCAUCUACUCUCCACCGUAUAUAUAUAUAUACAUAUAUAUAGGUAUACCGUAUUGCGUAUGUAAUCUACGAAUGAUCCGAAGACAAAAAAGAAAGCAAAAAAACUGCUCGACGACGAAAACGCGAACGAGCAGCGCCCAAACGGGCGAAUUUACCGGAAUUCGCAACCGUUCUGAGUGCAGUCCCCGCAGAAAACACCGCAGGAAGCCCGAGGAAAAAACCCCGAUAACCCGUGGGCCAAAACGCCCCGAAACCGUGUUACGUCAACACUCCUGCGCCGUUGUUCUGCGGUUUCGCUGCACCCUGCCGACUCUGCUUCCCCUUGUGGCUGCGGCAUUUUCUGCGGCGCCGGACAGGCCUAACCGGAAGAACCUCAAACUGCCUAUUGUGGCGGUUUCUCCGGAAAGAAACAAUAGAAGAGGCAAAACAGGAAAGGAAAAAACUCGGCACAGCGCGGGAAACGUGGGCCCGCCGGCACAGAGCAGCCCGUGCAGCGGCCGCGGUGGGACCUGGUUCGGACCACUAAACUCCCCUUUCUCUCCUCUCUCUCUCUCUCUCUCUUCCACGGACCUUCUCGCCUCGAGGCCGGUGGAGUUUGUAGCUGGGACCGGAACCGAGAGCGAAGUCCGCCCUGUUGCCUGA